UUCGGAUGCGUGCCUUUUGUGCACCAUUUCGACGCAAAGCUAAUGGCCUCGUAGCAAACCAUUCACUGCUAAUAACAGGGAACAGGGCAGCCCCCUUCCCCCCCCCCCCCACCCCCUGAGUGUCCACUCACUACAGCUCGUCUUUCCCCCCAAAAAAUGCGUCCGGUACUGGCGGGUAUCGCGGUGGAGAUGCUGAGCGGCGCGACCUGCGGGCUCAGGCCGAGGCUCGGCAACCUCCUGCUGGCCACCCUCACCACAACAGUGCCGCCGAUGUCCGGCGCCGGGAGCCGCAGGUUUCGGUCCACGUCCUCGAUGCAGGGCUUCUCGGAGAUGGCGAGGGAGCGGUCGAAGACUGUCACCUCGUUUUACAACCAGUCUGCGAUCGACGUUUCCGCAGAAAAGGCCUCAGUGCGACUGACCUUAGCAACCCUGCUGUAUUCUGGGAAGUCUCCCGAUGGGCACCACAUCCUGAGCAGCGCCAAGUACCUGCACAAGGAGCUGCCGGUGCGAAUCGCCCAUCGCAUCAAGGGCUUCCGCAGUUUGCCCUUCAUCAUCGGCUGCAACCCCACCAUUCUGCAAGUGCAUGAACUGUAUAUCAGAGCCUACCACAUGCUCAUUGACUUCCCCCAGAUCCAGGAUCAGGACGCGGAGGCUCAAUUCUGUAAGCUGGUGCAGCAGCUGCUGGACGACCACAAGGACGUGGUCACCAUGCUGGCCCAGGGCUUCAGGGAGUGUCGCAGACACAUCCAGGACGAGGCACUCGUACGCAGCUUCCUGGAUACGACGCUGUGCUCUCGUCUGGGGAUCCGAAUGUUGGCCACGCAUCACCUCGCCCUUCACGAAGACAACCCCGACUUCGUUGGGAUGAUAUGCCGACGUCUCUCCCCCAAGAAGAUAGUGGAGAAGUGGGUGGACUUUGCCAAGCGUCUCUGUGAGCACCAGUACGGGAACUCGCCCAGAGUGAGGAUCAACGGACACGUCGCAGCUCGCUUCCCCUUCAUCCCGCUGCCUCUGGAUUACAUCCUGCCCGAGCUCCUCAAGAACGCCAUGAGGGCGACCAUGGAGAGCCACCUGGACACCCCGUACAACGUGCCCGACGUGGUCGUCACCAUUGCCAACAACGACAUCGAUUUUGUCAUCAGGAUUUCAGACCGCGGCGGCGGCAUCCCUCACAACAUCCUGGACAAGGUGAUGGACUACCACUUCAGCACGGCUGAGGAGAGCGCACAGGACCCCCGAAUGAGCAACUUCUUCAACAACAUUACCAACAGUGGAAACCAGUCCAGCCCCAUGCACGGAUUCGGUUUCGGCCUGCCCACAUCCAGGGCCUACGCCGAGUACCUGGGCGGCUCUCUGUCUGUGCAGUCCAUGCAGGGCAUCGGCACCGACGUCUACCUGCGUCUGCGCCACAUCGACGGCAAAGGAGAGAGCUUCAGGGUGUAAAGAUCGCCCCCCAAAACCCGAGGAAUCGCACAGAGGGGCUCCACCACCAGGAAAAGCUGGCAUGAACUACAGGACCUUGGUCCACAAAGUGAUAGCCUACACAGUAUUUUGGCAGAAACCUUCCUAAAUUCACCAACCCAUGGCUUUGUUUUUGUUUUCUCCUAUAUAUUUGUUUGCCUUAGACUGAUUUAUAAGCUAUGUUAGCUCUCAAGUUGAUAAUAUGAGUUGUUUUUCCCAUCGUGUUUUGUUCCCCCGUGGCAUGUGAAUGUUGAAGGUUAUCGGGGGGGGGGGGGGCAUUGAUGUUAAUGUGGGAGGAAGGAAGCAAGCGAGGAAAGAAGGAAAGGAAAAAGAGCUUCAGUUUUAAAGAAGCUCACUUUUGAAUAAGCGCAGACAUGUUUUGAUGAUUUAAAUGUUUCAAAUGAAGCUCCUGAGACACUCCAGCGACCCAAAAUCUCCUCGAAAAAGUACAUGUCCCGUGAUGAUGAAUAUAGUUGAUGAUGAAUAGCCACCCCGAGGUGUUAAGGGGGGGGGGGGGGUUUCAGUGGCCUUACUGUGUGACGUAGUCCUCCACCCACCCGCACGCGACCCGCUCUCUGGUGUUCUUUGUGCACGCCGCCUAUUGUUUCAAUUCUCACAGCUCUGCAAUUGCACCUAAUCAUAGCAGCUUUUUUUAUUUUUAACAAUAUACCAGAGAAUUAUGGUCGUCUCUUUUUCAUUUAUUUUAUUUUUUAAAGUGUGUCACUUUGUUUUGAGUUUUGCUGUCUUUUUUUUUAUUUUUUAUUUUUUAUAAUAUUUUUUUGUACAAGAAUACAUUUCAAGAUGGUUUAAUUUGCACGGUUUCAAAUGUGGAAAGUUUAGAUAAACAAAGGUUUUUAUAGUCAUUUACUCCAGAUCACAACUUGACGUUUGCUUGAGAUACUUCUUUUUUUUUUUAUAGCUAUAUCUUAUUAUUAUUAUCAUUAUUAUUAUGAUGAUGAUGAUGAUACCUGAAACAUCUCCAUCUAUCCAAAAUCGGUUUUUUUUUUAGUCCUUCCUCAUUUAUCUUGGGGAAAGUAAAUCAUUCACGAUCAUAGAUAAAAAAUAAAAUAAAAAAUUGUCGCUCCUAAAACAAAAAUAACAAAUACACAUUUUUAAGUUGUGACCACAAAAAUAAUAGACGAGCGAUUCAUUUAUUUAUUUAUUUUUUACAGUUUUUGAGUCAAAUGAUACAGUUCAGAGUCAUGAAAUUUGCCGCGAUCGAUAACCACCUCAAAGCACUCCUCGCGUGUUGUUGAACAUUCCUCAGUGGAUCAGCCAGAAUGUUCCCUUUAAGUUGAUCUAUUUGGAGUAUUUUUUUUCUUCUUCAUAAUAUUAGCAUAUUCUGUCAUUUUGAAGAUGGGGGGAAAAAAAAUAAUAAUAAAAAAGUAUGAUCUUUGUUUUUUUAAUUUUAAUCUUGAAAGAAUGAAAACACUAUAAAUGUGUUUUAUAUAUCUUACAAAUUCAGUAACAAAAUGCAAAAAUGAGUUUACAUAGAAACACGAAAGGGAACCGGUUAUUUCUGUCGUAAGAUGUAUGGAGAAAAAAAACAAAAAACAUCUAAUUUAAUUCGUAUUUAUUAUUUGACGUGUUCUGAAACACAAAAAAAUAAAAUAACCCCGUCUAAUUGGCUGCUCCAGAGUGACGGAGAACGGCCUGUAUUAUCUGUACUUGUAUUCUUGCCUGGUGGGGGGGAGGCUGUGUAUGAAUUAAUGUGUUUUUAUUGUGGCUUUUGAAGGUUUUGAUGAUGUAGUAUAUGUAGAUUAUGCAUGUGGGGGGGGUGUUGAUGCCACAUAGCUGCCACACGCAGGUGAACAAUGGUGGAUUAGUACGUUGCCAUCAUCAUUCUGAGAUUUUCAGGGGUAAAAAUGUUUGGAGGUGGUUUGUAAAUUUAGAAUUUGGCUGCUUGUAGCGUGAAUGUCUCGUCUGCCCUCUGCUGGACUGAAAAGAGAAGUGCAGGCAUGCUCCACACUAUGAUUCAAAGGGUGGGGGGGAGGGGGGGGAUCCUUUUUAGUUUUAGAAAGGGAAGAGGGUGUACAAAUCAGGUCAUUUCUAUUUUCCUGGUUUCUGAAUUUGUAAUUUUAUUUUUGCAAAUAGAAAAACAACAAAUAAUCACCUCCAAUACAAUGCCAAAAAUAUUGGGAGUCAAAGAGUUACUGACUAAAAACCUGCUGCCAUGGAGCCUUUCGUCUCCUAGACUGAAUUUGGGUUUCAAACCUUUUUUUUUUUUUUUUUGCAGUUGUGUUUUUUUUUGAUUCUGUAUAGACAUUAAAUUGUACUUGGUU